CAAACUCGUUGCGAAGUGGAAGUGUCCAAAAGAGUGCGAAUAUCUAAAGAAAGGACUUUACAGCAAAAUGGUUGCCUGGCUAACGGCCAAAGCGGUGGCCAUAUUUUUGGGUCUGAGUGCAACUGCUUUCUGUGUCGCUACGAUUGUGUUGGCUGUGGAGAAAGCGAGUCUAGAGAAUGAUCUACAGGAUGCGAGGGAUAAGAUAGAGGUGCUCACAGGAACAACAACCACGAGUAAUCCCAAUACUACUCCUAGUGACGGAACAGACACUACUCCUGGUGGUGGCACUACUCCUAGUGGUGGCACUACUCCUAGUGGAGGCACUACUCCUGGUGGUGGCACUACUCCUGGUGGAGGAACGACGCCAAGCACAGGCACCUCACCCGGUGCAUCGCCGAGCAGCCCAAAUCCCAUAUUUCCCACCCUCCCGACUGGACUUCCCAAGCCCGAAGACCCAUAGCCAUAGCCAGUGGUC